GGUGAAGUCACGAAACAAAGAGAUGACGUCGGCGAUAGGCGAGAUAAAAUCGCUGACACAAGAAAAGUGUUUCUGGCCAGAUGACGUAGACAACUACCCGUGUCUGGACGAUCUACAAAACGAAGACAAAUCACGCAGCGUCACCAAACGACCAUCUGGUUCAGCAGAGGAUCCCUCUCUUAACAGUGAAUCUACCGACUCGAGCUCUGAGGUCGCCACGCCAGCCAAACCAAAACGACAGAGAACGUCGUCGUCGAACGGACGUAGGCGGCGACAGACAUUAAAUGCGCGGGAACGAAACCUUCGGAGGCUGGAGAGCAACGAAAGAGAACGCAUGCGCAUGCACAGUUUAAAUGAUGCCUUUCAAGCACUUCGAGAAGUUAUACCCCACAUUACCAUGGAAAGAAAAUUGUCUAAGAUAGAAACCCUAACACUUGCAAAAAACUACAUAAUGGCACUUACAAAUGUUGUUUGCGACAUGCGAGGAGAAAACAAACCCUACAAGCUGUUAUCAGCAAACUUAGAUAGCAACAACAACGCCGAUGAUCACGGAGAUACGCAAAUCCAACUCCCAGAAAGCGCAUUAAUUCUUCAAGAAAUAAAUCCUAACCGUCAGGGGAAACUAGAGGGCGUACACCUUACCGAAUACGAUGUCAGCGUCCCCUCUCGGGGUGACAAAAGUCUUUAGUUGUAGAAUUUGUCACAGGUCAGUUUCAACAGUUAAGAAGAAAAAAAAAGAAAAUAAAUUUGUGGCCAUUCUUCAGAAGAACCAUGAAGUUGAAAUAGAAGGAGUGGAUGAAUAUGAUGAUCACUCGUGGGAUGAUAAAACGCUUUAAUUGUAGAAUUUUUCGAAGGUCAUUUUCAAAAGCUAAAAAACAACAAAAACAAGAAGAAGAAGAAAUAGCGGUUUGUUGCCAUUCUUGACAAAAACCAUGAAGUUCAAAUAGAAGUAGACGUCGCUGAACAUGAUAUCUGUGCUCAUUUCGUGAUUACAAAACUCUUUAGUUGUAGAAUUUGUCACAGGUCAGUUUCAAAAGAUAAAAAAAUGAAAAGAAAUUUAUGUUUCUUUGAUAGAUUGUUCAGGCAGAGUAUUCGUGAUGAAACUUUGUAGAAUGGACGGUAACUGCCUGUUGUAGAGGACGACGUUUCGAAAGUCUUUCGCCUUUCGUCUUCUGGAUCUGAAAACGGCAGGCGGAAGACUUUCGAAACGUCCUUCUCUACGCUUGUAUCUCUACAACAGGAAGUUGCCAUCCAUUCUACCAAGUUUCAUCAAAUUUGUGGUCAUUCUUCACAAGAAUCGUGAAGGUCAAGUCAAUGUCACGAAUAAAAUUAAUAAAUUAAAGCAUUAGAUUAGAUUCGACUUGUACAGGCUUUAUGAUUUUCGAAGAGUGUUAUAAGUAUAUAAUGAAUAAAAAAAGCUAAAAAAUGGCAUU